AUGGCGGCACAAUCAUCGACAGCCCGAAAGGAAACAUAUAGAUGGCGACGGUGGCUUGACCAUCUGAGCGAGUCUCCAAGCUCGACUAACCCCGCCAUCCAGAGCCGUUACGUUGACAUGCUGCUCGAGACGGAGAGAAUACCGAUUCUGCAUAAUCUGAUUGCAUCCAGCUGUACCUGGCUUCUCCUAGCGGGAUUCUUGGUCUUCCCCGGCACAUUUUCUACGUUGCAAGACACCGCGCUGGUUGAUGGAUUGAAGGGCCGGAGACGGGACAAUGGGGUAAUAUCUGAUGCUAUUCAGAACCCCCCUCUCCUCGGCCUAGCCGUAGCGUCAUGCGCACUCGGCACCGUUGGCUGCGGCUGGCUUUGGUGGAGGUGGAGGUCGAAUCUCAUUUGGCCAACACGCCAGAUUUUCCUGCCGACCCUGGUCCACUCUGUGACUGGCUUAGUCAAUACGUUUCUUAAUGUAUAUACAGCGCGACACCGGACCUGGUCCGCGAUGGCAAUUGCCACAGCAGCGGUGACAGGCGCAUUUGCAGUUGCUGCCACUAUUCUCCUCGGUAUUAUCCAGCUUGUAGCCCUACAACAAAUCAAAUACGAGCAUCAGGUUGCUGUAGCGAAGUAUGCAAUCCCGGAUUAUAUCCACACACAUGGGCUCUUAAUACUCUUACUCGAUUUGAGUAUUAGCGUUCUCCGUCUUACCUUAUCUGUUGCUUAUUCUCCAUAA